AUGCUGGAUAUGCACGUGGACGAAUGCGAUGUGACCUUCAACUUCGGGCUGUCAGACACAAUCAACUUCACCGGCAGCGACCUAGUGUUCUGUGGCAUGCUGGGAUCCGCCGACCAGCGAAAGCAUCGCCACACCUACCGCCACGAAAAGGGCCGAUGUAUUGUGCAUGCUGGCAAGCGGCGCCACGGCGCGCUGCCGAUUUCAGAUGGGGAGCGAUGCAACCUGAUUAUGUGGACCAAGAGCCCAACAUUUCGUGAUUCAGACGGAUACCUGCUGAGGCGCUUU